AAAUUUGCCAAGUUAUGUGUGGUCAAAGACACAAUGAAAGAUAAUUACGGACGACCCUUCUUCGUAUGUUCUGAGCGAAGGAAUUCCUGCAAGUUCUGGCAAUGGGGAGACGUGUUCAAAGGUCCAAGACCGUUAUGUCAACAUGGAAUGGUGUGCUGUGAACGAAAAGUCAAGAAAGAUGGUCCGAAUCAAAACCGUCUGUUUUACUGCUGUCCGAAGGACGACUCUUGUGGUUUCUUCGAAUGGAAGCAACAAGGCCCUCGGGUGACCAACACUGGCAUCGUGCUCUUCAGUAAUCCACUACAAUACCAGUACAUGAUUGAAGAAACAGUAGAGACAUUUAAUAGUUCUAAAUCUAACACUAAGGAGGCCUAUGAUGAAUUUCGUAGAUUUGGUUUAACAAGUGAACUUGAUAAAAUAGACCUCUUGUAA